CGCGACCAGAGCCAGGCGCGCAGCAGUGGAGACCAGCCAGAGUCGGCGCCCCGACGCUCUGCGCCCCCAGUGUCCCCCGCGUCCCCCGCGUCCCGGGCGGGCAUGGGGCGGCCCGGCUAAGCACCGCAUCCCGCCGCCGAGACCCGGGCCCCAGCCAGCAGCCCUCUUGCCGCGGCCCCGGCGCGCACGGGCCAUGGCGAAGGCGACGGCGACGGCCGGCGCCGCGGGGCUGCGGUUGCUGCUGCUGCUGCCGCUGUUCGGCGAAGCUCCGCUAGGACUCUACUUCUCCAGGGACGCUUACUGGGAGAAACUGUAUGUGGACCAGCCAGCUGGCAUGCCCCUGCUCUAUGUCCACGCCCUGCGGGACGCCCCCGAGGAGGUGCCCAGCUUCCGCCUGGGCCAGCACCUCUACGGCAUCGCCUACCGUGCGAGGCUGCAGGAGAACGACUGGAUCCGCAUCGAGGAGGACACGGGCCUUCUCUACCUUAACCGGAGCCUGGACCACAGCGCCUGGGAGAGGCUCAGCAUCCGCAAUGGCGGCUUCCCCGUGCUCACCAUCUACCUCCAGGUCUUCCUGUCAUCUGCGUCCCUACGUGAGGGCGAGUGCCAGUGGCCAGGCUGUGCCCGGGUAUACUUCUCCUUCAUCAACACCUCCUUCCCGGCUUGCAGUUCCCUCAAACCCCGGGAGCUCUGCUUUCCCGAGACAGGCGUCUCCUUCCGCAUCAGAGAGAACAGGCCUCCCGGCACCUUCCACCAAUUCCGGCUGCUGCCUGUGCAAUUCCUCUGCCCCAACAUCAGCGUGUCCUAUAGGCUCCUAGAAGGUGAGAAUCUGCCCUUCCGCUGCGCCCCGGACAGCCUGGAGGUGAGCACACGCUGGGCCCUGGACCGCGAGCUGCGGGAGAAAUACGAGCUGGUGGCCGCGUGCACGGUACACGUCGGCGCGCACAAAGAGCAGGUGGUGAUGGUGCCCUUCCCCGUGACCGUGUACGAUGAGGACGACUCGGCGCCCACCUUCCUCGGGGGCUUGGACACCGCCAGCGCUGUGGUGGAGUUCAAGAGGAAGGAGGGCACCGUGGUGGCCACAAUACGUGUCUUCGACGCAGACGUGGUGCCGGCCUCUGGGGAGCUGCUGAGGCGGUACACAAGCACACUACUGCCAGGGGACACCUGGGCCCUGCAGACUUUCCGCGUCGAGCACUCACCCAACGAGACCUUGGCCCAGGCUAAUGGCAGCUUCGUGCGGGCAACUGUGCAUGACUACAGGCUGGUUCUCAACCGGAGCCUCCCCAUCUCGGAGAGCCGCUCCCUGCAGCUGGCUGUGCUGGUCAAUGACUCGGACUUCCAGGGCCCUGGCGAGGGCGUCCUCCGCCUCCAUUUCAACGUGACCGUUCUGCCUGUCAGCCUGCACUUACCCAGCGCCUACUCCUUCACUAUGAGCAGGCGGGCCCGCCGCUUUGCCCAGAUUGGGAAAGUCUGCGUGGACAAUUGCCAGGAGUUCAGCGGCAUCCACGUGCAGUACAAGCUGCAGCUCUCCAGCGCCAACUGCAGCGUCCUGGGGGUGGUCACCUCCGCCGAGGACACCACGGGAACCCUGUUUGUGAAUGACACGGAAGCCCUGCAGCGGCCUGAUUGCUCUCAACUCCAGUACACAGUGGUGGCCGCCGACCGGCCAAGCCGCAGGCAGACCCAGGCCCCGCUGGUCAUCACCGUGGAGGGGACAUAUGUGGCCGAGGAACCAGGCUGCCCCCUGUCCUGUGCAGUCAGCAAGAGGCGGCCUGAGUGUGAGGAGUGUGGCGGCCUGGGCUCUCUGACGGGCAGAUGCGAGUGGAGACAGGGAGACGGCAAAGGAAUCACUAGGAACUUCUCCACCUGCUCCCCCAGUGUCAAGACCUGCCCCGACGGCCACUGUGAUGCUGUGGAGAGCAGAAACGUCAACAUCUGUCCCCAGGACUGCCUCCGGGGCGGCAGCAUCAUUGGUGGGCACGAGCCAGGGGAGCGCUGGGGGAUAAAAGCUGGCUUCGGUAUCUGCAACUGUUUCCCCGAAGAGAAGAAGUGCUUCUGUGAACCUGAAGACAGCCAGGACCCACUGUGUGACGAGCUGUGCCGCACGGUGAUCGCGGCAGCCGUGCUCUUCUCCUUCAUCAUAUCCAUGCUGCUCUCCACCUUCUGCAUCCACCGCUACCACAAGAAUGCCCACAAGCCGCCCAUCGCCUCUGCCGAGAUGACUUUCCGCCGGCCGGCCCAGGCCUUCCCGGUCAGCUACUCCUCGUCGGGCGCCCGCCGGCCCUCCCUGGACUCCAUGGAGAACCAGGUCUCUGUGGACGCCUUUAAGAUCCCGGAGGACCCAAAGUGGGAAUUCCCCCGGAAGAACUUGGUUCUUGGAAAAACUCUGGGAGAAGGCGAAUUUGGAAAAGUGGUUAAAGCAACAGCCUUCCGGCUUAAAGGCAAAGCAGGGUACACGACUGUGGCUGUGAAGAUGCUAAAAGAGAACGCCUCCCCAAGUGAGCUGCGGGACCUGCUGUCAGAGUUCAACCUCCUGAAGCAGGUCAACCACCCACAUGUCAUCAAGCUGUAUGGGGCCUGCAGCCAGGAUGGGCCGCUCUUCCUCAUUGUGGAGUACGCCAAGUAUGGCUCCCUGCGGGGCUUCCUCCGGGAGAGCCGCAAGGCUGGCCCGGGCGACGUGGGCAGCGGGGGCAGCCGCAGCUCCAGCUACCUGGACAGCCCCGGGGAGCGGGCCCUGACCAUGGGCGACCUCAUCUCCUUCGCCUGGCAGAUCUCUCGGGGGAUGCGGUACCUGGCGGAGAUGAAGCUUGUCCAUCGGGACUUGGCAGCCAGAAACGUUCUGGUAGCCGAGGGGCGGAAGAUGAAGAUUUCAGAUUUCGGCCUGUCCCGAGAUGUUUAUGAAGAGGAUUCCUAUGUGAAGAGGAGCAAGGGUCGGAUUCCAGUCAAAUGGAUGGCAAUUGAGUCUCUUUUCGAUCACAUCUACACCACCCAAAGCGACGUAUGGUCCUUUGGUGUCCUGCUAUGGGAGAUUGUGACUCUAGGGGGCAACCCCUACCCCGGGAUUCCUCCAGAGCGGCUCUUCAACCUUCUAAAGACAGGCUACCGGAUGGAGAGGCCUGACAACUGCAGUGAGGAGAUGUACGGCCUAAUGCUACAGUGCUGGAAGCAGGAACCGGACAAGAGGCCGGUGUUUGCUGACAUCAGCAAAGACCUGGAGAAGAUGAUGGUUAAGAACAGAGACUACUUGGACUUGGCCGCAUCCACCCCAUCUGACUCCCUGCUUUACGACGACGGCCUCUCGGAGGAGGAGACGCCCCUGGUGGACUGUAAUAGCGCUCCCCUCCCUCGAGCCCUCCCCUCCACGUGGAUUGAAAACAAACUCUAUGGCAUGUCAGACCCGAACUGGCCUGAAGAGAGUCCUGUACCACUCACGCGAGCUGAUGGCACUAACACUGUGUGUCCAAGAUAUGCAAAUGAUAGUGUAUAUGCUAACUGGAUGGUUUCACCCUCAGCGGCACAAUUAAUGGACGCAUUUGAUAGUUAACAUUUCUUUGGGAAAGGUAAUGGGCUCCCAAGGGGAAGAAACGUACUGAGAACGGAAAGUCUGCCGGCCCCUCCUUUGUACACUUGACACUGGCUGGUGAUUUUCCCUCCUGGCAGACAUAGCCACUGGACCCAAGUUGCGAGUCCAGCCUUUUUUUAGUCCUUCCUCUUUGGCCCUCAGCAGCACCCUGUGUUGGCCCGUGUUCACCAGGAACAACCACACACUCUCUGCUCACACAUGUGGGUCCCACGCUCACUACCUGAGCUGUCUGAUUUUUCUGGUUGCUGCCAAACAGGGCACCAAGGUUUAAACACAAAGCACACACACACCAGAAGGGCAACAGGAAAAAUAAAUAAAUUUUAAAAACCUGACCCAAACGACAUGUCCUUGUUCAGAACAAGAGCCCAACAAGGCCUUAGAGUGAGGUCAAAGUCUCCCCGCCCCCAACACCCUCCAGGGCUGGAGGGGACGAGGGGACCUCGGGAAGGGCCUCCACUCAACGUUUGAGAUCUUAAGAAUGGUUUUUUAGAAUCAUGGCACCAUUUCUUAGGAAGACAUUUGAUUUUUAUCAUGAUUUAAAUGAUUCUUAAAUGUAGCACAAUGGAGAGAUUGGCUGCCAUAUUUGCGAUGUAGAGGGGUGGUGUGAGGGGAGAGGGCUCACCAGACACUUCAGUCCCCAUCACUGAGUAAUCACUGCCCCCUGACGAGAACGGUAUGAAGCAAAGGGGCGUUUGAGUGGCCUCCGGUUGAAGGGAUUGCUGACUUGGCCGCCGUGAAUUCCACUGCUGCCAGCCUGCCAGCGGUCAACACACCACACAUCUGGUGCCGGAAAGCAGGGGCUCAUCUCACACAGCAGGAGUGGGUGGGGCUAGGCUCAGUCUAAAAGGGACCAUCAAGCUAGCUGUGUUAGAAGUAAGGCUGACAAUGGCCAAGGACUGCUACACCUCUAAUUACAGUUCUGAUGUGGAAAAGACAAUGUUUUGGCUCUCAUAGAGCUUGUGUGAAAAGGUAUGUGCAUCCACUCUUUUCUGUGUUUGUAACGCGAUGCUGCUCUAGCAGGACAGUUCUGUUUACUAGCUUCUGAUCAUGACUCAUAAGCUUCUUGUCAUUCUUCACGGCUUGUUUGUGGUCACGGACACUCAGCACUCCUCCCAUCUUGUGGGGGUGGCUAUCGGGAAGUCCCCAGCAGCUCUUCUGCAACUUCGCCAGAGAGGCUCGGUGACCAACACCCUGCCUGGUCUUCCGACUUAAAGCCUGAUGAAGACAGUGUCUCAUCCAAAUAUCUUAGAGGCAUUUCACAAAAGCAGUAAAAUUAGGGCAUUUUUGUAGGUUGGGUGAGUAUGUAUCAGAGCCUCAUGGGUGUGUGUGUGUGUGUGUGUGUGUGUGUGUGUGUGUGUAUGAGUGUGCACACAAACCCAGAGAGAGAGAGCUGGAAAAACACUUACUGAAGAUGUGACCUGGCUUUAGUUGAGGCCGUUUUCCAGACACACUGUGGUAAGUUCUUUCACAAAUAUCUAGCUGUGGUCAACUUUUGGUUUUCAGAUGUGCUUAAUGGUAGUCUUCUUAAAUGCAGAAAAAAGAAUAAGCUUUCUCAAAUUGUUAAAAAUACCUACUCAAUAAGUGUGAGUUGCCACCGUAGGUUUGUCCUUGGCAGGGUGAGAACUCCAGGUCUAACUGGCUGACCCAGUGAUGGGGAACUGACCCUUGACCAGUUAUCUAAUUGUCUAUUCCUGAAUUUUAAAAGUACUCCUACUUACUAGUCCUUCCAGACAAAUUUCGUAUGCAUAUACACCAAAGUUACUAAGUAUUAAGUAUUAUGGAGUAUUAAGUAGCAGUCUGUCAGUUAUUAAAAUUUGUAAAAUCUAUUUAUGAAAGGUUAUUAAGCCAUAUCAUGUUAAUUUGCUUUUGUAAUCAAGGUGACUAAGGAAAUAAUUUCAGUUAU